AAAUGCCAGACUCUAUUUUGUCUCACUUCCUCAAUUAUUAGUCUUCCUUAAGUAUAGACCAAGAUGAGAAGGGUCUUUCUCUGUCCUUCUCCUCCUUCAACGCCCGCCAUGUCGGCGACUGGUUUUCCCCGGCGACGAGUCUCUCGCCGGUUAUCUUUUCCACCUCUCUUCCUUUUCUUCUUCCUAUCUCUUUUCUGUGUCAGCCAAUCAGACGAUCUUGAUAUCCUGAUGAAAUUCAAGGCUGCGUUUCAGAAAUCCAACACUCAUGUCUUCGAUUCAUGGACGUCAAACAAUAACCCUUGCAAUUUCACCGGAGUUUACUGCAACUCUGGGGGAUCGGUAAUUAGUAUUGAACUGGGUAACAGAAAUCUGGUUGGAGUUCUUCCUGUUGAUUCUCUCUGCCAACUUCAAUCCCUGCAGAAAUUGGAUCUCGGAUUGAACUUCCUGUAUGGAACUAUUGCAGACGGUUUGAGGAAUUGCAGUCACUUGCGCUACUUAAAUCUCGAGUCUAAUUCCUUCUUAGGAGCAGUCCCUGAUUUGUCCACUCUCACACAGUUAGAGCUCCUGUGUUUGAAUAACAGUGGGUUAUCUGGUCCUUUUCCAUGGAGUUCAUUGGCGAACAUGACAAAUCUAGCCCUUUUGAGUGUUGGGGAUAAUAUCUUCGACAGGGCUCCAUUCCCUAUGGAGGUUUUGAAGCUGAAGAAAUUGUAUUGGCUGUAUCUCACAAAUUGCAGCAUCGAAGGAGAGAUUCCAAAGGGUAUCGGGAAUCUCACAGGGCUCAUCAACCUAGAACUCGCUUACAAUUUUCUAUCUGGCGAGAUUCCGGCAGAUAUCGUGAAGCUUACGAAGCUGUGGCAACUGGAGCUGUAUAGUAACGAACUGACCGGGAAAUUCCCACCUGGAUUCGGAAACCUCACCAGUCUCAAUAACUUGGACGCCUCAGGUAAUCAUCUCGAAGGUGACCUCUCAGAACUGAGAUCCUUAACCCAGCUUGUCUCUCUACAGCUCUUCGACAAUCAAUUCUCAGGUGGGGUCCCAGAGGAAUUCGGAGAUUUCAAGCAUCUUGUGAACCUCUCGCUCUACAACAAUCAGUUCACCGGCCCUCUCCCUCAGAAACUUGGGUCUUGGGCAGACUUCGAUUUCAUCGAUGUCUCCGAGAACUAUUUGACAGGUCCGAUUCCGCCGGAGAUGUGUAAGAACGGCAAGAUGAGGGGAUUGCUCAUGUUGCAGAACAAUUUCACUGGACAAAUCCCAGCCAACUAUGCGAAUUGUACCUCAAUGGUUCGCUUUCGGGUGAACAUCAACUCUCUUUCCGGUACCGUACCUGCAGGGUUGUGGGGUUUGCCGAAUGUCUACAUCAUCGAUCUCACCAUGAACCAAUUCGAAGGUCCUCUGACAUCUGAAAUUGCAAACGCCAAAUCCCUCGGUCAGUUAUCCCUAGGAAGCAAUAGAUUUUCCGGGAACUUACCCUCCGAAAUCACAGAAGCAUCUUUUCUGGGUUCGAUCGACUUGAGCUCUAAUGAGAUUUCCGGCGAGAUACCGUCGAGUAUCGGAGAGCUACAGAAUCUCAAUCGUCUAUAUUUACAGAACAACCAACUCUCUGGAUCGAUCCCGAUCUCUUUAGGCUCAUGCAAGUCUCUCAAUGAGAUAAACUUAGCAGCAAAUUCACUCUCAGGUUCUAUUCCUUCGUCUCUGGGUUCAUUACCGUCGCUCAAUUCGUUAAACCUAUCGGACAACGAGCUCUCGGGACAAAUCCCUUCGAGUUUAUCAUCCCCGAAGCUAAGCCUCCUCGACUUGUCCAACAACCAGUUAAGCGGUUCAAUACCGCAGUCACUCUCUAUAAACGCAUAUAACGGUAGCUUCGCCGGAAACCCCGGUCUCUGUAGCUCGAAGAUCAAUUAUUUCCGGCGUUGUUCAUCGGAUUCCCGAAAAGUGGCGAUCGGAACGAUUGUAUCUUGCUUCGUAGUGGGAGCAGCCGUAUUGGUGGUCUCAGUGGGUUGCUUCUUUUUCCUGAAGAAGAAGCAGAAAGAAAAUCAGGACCUUACAUUGUGGAGGGAUUCUUCUUGGGAUGUGAAAUCGUUCCAUGUGAUGAGCUUCAACGAACACGAUAUAUUGGAUUCGAUCAAACAGGAGAAUUUGAUCGGGAAAGGUGGGUCCGGCAACGUUUAUAAAGUGGUAGUGGGCGAUGGUAGAAAACUGGCAGUGAAACACAUAUGGAAUAAUAGUACAGAAUCAGGCGAUCGGAGAAGCAACAGGAGCAGCACGGCGAUGCUGAAGCGGAGGAGCGGAUUAGAGAAGGAGUUCGAGGCGGAGGUGGCGACGCUGAGUUCUAUACGCCACGUAAACGUGGUGAAGUUGUAUUGCAGUAUCACGAGCGAAGAUUCCAGUCUAUUGGUGUACGAGUACUUGCCCAACGGGAGCUUAUGGGACCGUCUGCACACGUGUCAGAAGGUGGAGAUGGAUUGGGAGGCGCGUUACGAGAUCGCUGUGGGGGCAGCCAUGGGGUUGGAGUAUCUGCACCACGGGUGCGAGAGGCCGGUGAUACACCGUGACGUGAAGUCUAGCAACAUAUUACUAGACGAGUUCUUGAAGCCCCGAAUCGCCGAUUUCGGACUCGCCAAGAUCGUUCAGGCGAGCGGCGCCACCAAAGACUCGUCUUCCACCCCUGUCAUCGCCGGCACUCACGGUUACAUCGCCCCUGAGUACGCGUACACGAGCAAAGUGAAUGAGAAGAGCGAUGUGUACAGCUUCGGGGUGGUGUUAAUGGAGCUGGUGACAGGGAAGAGGCCACUGGAGCCGGAAUUCGGAGACAACAAGGACAUAGUUUACUGGGUGAACGGAAGGGUUGGAAGCAGAGAGCGCGUGAUGGGGAUGGUGGAUCCAAACAUAUCUGAGUUCAAGGAAGACGCUGUGAAGGUGUUGAAGAUUGCGACGCUGUGUACGGCGAGGCUACCGACGGUUAGGCCGUCCAUGAGAACGGUGGUUCAGAUGUUGGAGGACGCUGAGCCUUGCAAACUCAUUAGCAUUGCCGUCACAAAAGAAGAUGACCAUUGCUCUAAUACUACUAGUACCAUUUUCAGUAAAAAUUACAGUAGUAAGAAAAAGAGAGUAUUAGUGGAUUAA